AGCCGCGGCGCCCUGCCACGGCCUGCCCCGCUCGCGCCUGCGCAGACGGCCGGAAGGCGGACAAGGGGCUGAGCACGCCCGCCGCCGCCGCCGCUGCGCUGGGGCGAUCGCCGAGGAAGGACCGCCGCCGCCGCCGCCGCCGCCGCCGCCAGGGCCCCGGGCCAGCAUGGCGGAGCAGAAGCGCCUGGCCUUCGCCAUCAUCGAGUUCCUGCAGGGGCAGCUGCAGCACGGCGGCCUCUCUCCGGACGCCCAGGAGAGCCUGGAAGUGGCCAUCCAGUGCCUGGAGACGGCCUUCGGGGUGUCCGUGGACGACAGGGGCCUGGCCAUCUCCCAGAAGCUCCCGGACAUUUUUGAAGCCGCUGCGGCCAAAGAGCCAUUGCAGAAUUGCCCCGUUCCUGAGCCCGCCACUCCCUCUGAAGAAGAUGCAGCUGAAGCUGAAAGACUGAAAACUGAAGGAAAUGAGCAGAUGAAAGUGGAGAAUUUUAAAAGUGCUGUCUCUUUCUACGGAAAAGCCAUCGAACUCAACCCGUCCAACGCAGUGUAUUACUGCAACCGGGCUGCCGCUUACAGCAAACUCGGAAACUACGCCGGGGCAGUGAGGGACUGCGAGAAAGCCAUCAGCAUCGACCCCAAAUACAGCAAAGCCUACGGCAGGAUGGGGUUGGCCCUGUCCAGCCUCAACAAGCUCUCGGAGGCCGUCUUCUACUAUCGGAAGGCACUGGAGCUGGACCCAGAGAAUGAAACCUACAAGUCCAACUUGAAAGUCACUGAGCAGAAGAUGAAGGAGGCCCCAAGCCCGACGGGCAGCGCUGGAGGGUUUGACCUAGCUGGGUUGCUUAACAACCCCGGUUUCAUGAGCAUGGCCUCCAACCUGAUGAACAACCCGCAGGUGCAGCAACUCAUGUCCGGGAUGAUUUCGAGCAGCCAGAACCCCAUGGCCGCCCCGGGAGCCAGCACUGCCCCCCACGAUCUCGCCAGUCUCAUCCAAGCAGGCCAACAGUUUGCUCAGCAGAUGCAGCAGCAAAACCCAGAGCUCAUAGAACAGCUGCGCAGCCAGAUCCGGAGCCGGACCCCCAGCGCCAGCAAUGAAGAGCAGCAGGAAUGAGGCAGCUGCUGGUGAGGACGACUCUGCUCCUGGUCAGGAAGACCCCUUUUGCCGCAAGGGAAGGACCAGCUGAAGAGCCUUUGAGCUGCUGCUGCCACCAGCCCAGCCGUUCCUCCAUUGGAAAAGCCCACAAGGGAUUGAGGGGGAGGGGGGAGGGGAGCCAAGCCUGAUCCAGCCCUGCAUGUUAAGAGACUGUUUUGCGUAGCUUCCCCUCCCUGUUUCCUCCCCACCUUACUUCCUUGUGGAUUUUGCCAGGGGGGAGGAGAGUUACUAACCACAAAUCAGCAUCUCCACCCCAACCUCGAAGGCAAGCUGUCGAGCUGUCAACGCCAUGCCUUUCCUGUUGCUCAGAAGAACGCCCCCCCCCCCUCCCAGACUGCACCAUCCUCCAGCAGGGAGAGCCGCCUUUUUCAAACUGGGAUUUCCUCCUCUUCACCAUUGUUGGAUCCUGACAUACCAAGGCUGGAUGGCCCCUCUCUUGGGAAGAGGCCCAGUUGACUGGCUAGGACUGGCAUCGGUGCCCAGGGAAGAUGGGAGGGCUCUCCUCUGCUUUUCAGUAGGACGUUUAUUUUUAAGAAGGAUCGUGGCUAGUCUGGUGUGACUUUUCUGUGAGCGGGUCAGGAGCUGCUUUUAAAAAUUCAUUUCUUUGGGUCUGGGCCUGGAGAACUUGCGUGGCUGGACUGGCUAACAGGGCAUUUCCUGCCCAGCAUGAAGGGUGCCAAGAGGACGCGGCCGCCUGAUCGGGAUUGGGCCAAGCAGAGCAGCUUGUUCCUGAAGUGCGCUCCUUGUCACCAGGACUCCCCUCAGCAUUAUAGCUCUCGCCUGUGGUGGUGCCUCCCGGAGGGCGUUUGGCUGCUCUCAUUUGAACCUCUUGAAUCUCCCAGAUUCCCUGCAGCCAGCAGGAUGGGUCAGAUGGUAUCCCAAGGACUUUUGAGGGAGUAUGGUCACUUUCCUUCAGUGCCAUCUGCCAGAAGCCCCCUAGAGACUGGCCUGCCCAGCGUCAACCAGGAGCCCCUUUGCUGGCUGGCAAUGGGCCCGGGAACCUUCUGAUGCCCUCCUGGUCAGCCCAGAUGUGCCCACCCCACUGGCUGCCUCUGACUUCUCAUCUGACCCUUGCCAGGGGCUGCAAAAACCAUCUUGCUGGGCGCUGGGGCAGAUGCAGAUUUUAGGGCAACAAAGUAGGAAGGAGGCGGGUGGGGGGGUUGAAUUCCUGCCCAUGGCCUCUUCCAUGGGUGCCAGGAGGGGAAAGCUGCCAGGCUAGAAAGGUAAGUA